GGCCUAUCCAGACUUUGAAAUUAGACCCACAAUGAAAGAAUUAACUCCACAGAAGAGCAUUUCUGAAGAAGCAAUACUCCAUAACAUGAUAGUAAACUCAGAUUUUAAAGACUGGAAACUUGAAGAUGAGAUAAAUCACCAGGAAAACCAAGACAAGCUUUUGAACCAUGUUGCAUUCAUUGACAAUAAGUCACUGACUGAGGAGAUAGACCAUGGAUGUAAUGCACUAGGAAAAGUAGUUCAUGUGAACAGAACAUCUAAUAAACACAUCAGAGGCUUCAUACAUAGUCACAUCUUUGCUCAACCAAAAAUGCUAACCAGUGAGAAGUCAUAUAAAUGUAUUCAGUGUGGGAAAGCCUUCAGUAGGAAGUCAGAACUCAUUGUACAUCAGAGAAUUCAUACUGGGGAGAAACCCUAUGAAAGCAGUGAAUGUAGAAAAGCUUUUAUCCAGGAAUCACAACUUAUUGUGCAUCAGAGAAUCCAUACUGGGAUGAAACCUUUUGAAUGCAUUGAGUGUGAAAAAGCCUUUAGCAGGAAGUCACACCUCACCAUAUAUCAUAGAAUACAUACUGGAGAACAACCCUGUGAAUGCAGUGAUUGUAGGAAAGCUUUCAGCCAGAAAUCUAAUCUCAUUGUACAUCAGAAAAUUUAUGUUGAACAGAAACCCUUUUCAUGGAAUGAGAAAACUUUAAUUCAGUCAUCAAAAUUUCAUUAA